UUCCAGCGCCAACUUGUGUCCAUCGAACACGAACGACGAUGCGCUUGGUCCACUUUCGGCAGGCGUUGCGGCAUCGCACGUCCUGGCGAUCGGUCAGCAGUUGGGCAGGCCGAUCUCUGACGGACGCCUCGGAAGCAUUGGCGAAUGGCACCGUCACGUCGGUGGCACUCACACAAGCAUGCAUGGACCAGAUCGAAGCCACACGAGGCUUCAACAUGUUUGUCGCAACGACGUUUGAUGCAGCGUUGGAGCAUGCUGCUGAAGCGGACAAACGGCGACGCGAUGGCCGUGCGCGAGGGCCGCUCGACGGCAUUCCUGUCGGUGUCAAAGACAUCUUUUGCAUGCGGAACGCCGUGCCGACCACCGCAUGCUCCAAGAUUCUACAAGGUUUCGUGGCGCCGUACGAGUCGACCGCCACGCAACGCUUGUUGGACGCCGGCGCGAUCCCAUUGGGCAAACUCAACAUGGACGAGUUUGCCAUGGGAUCUGGUACGACGUACAGCACAUUUGGACCAACGAUCAAUCCUUGGUCGAAGAACCUCGGAGAGCAGGCACUUGUCGCUGGGGGCAGUUCCGGGGCAAGUGCCGCUGCGGUGGCGUCGGGCUGCUGCUUUGCUGCCCUUGGGUCCGACACGGGUGGUUCGGUUCGUCAACCUGCGGCGUACUGUGGGGUUACAGGCCUGAAGCCCAACUACGGACGCAUUUCCCGCCACGGCAUGAUUGCGUUUGCAAGCUCACUCGACACGCCCGGCAUCUUGACCAAAACCAUUCGCGAUGCCUCGAUCGUGUUGCAAGCGAUAGCUGGCCCAGACGGUCAUGACUCGACCGCGUUACCCGACAAAUUGUCGUCGCAAUGGGAGGCAGCAGCAUCGAGGAAGCAACUGACUGUUGGUGUGCCAAAGGAAUAUUACGUAAAGGAGCUUCCUGAAACCAUCCUGAAAGUGUGGGACCAAGGCAUCGAAUGGCUCCAGCAGGCGGGAGUGCGAGUCGUGGAGACUUCGCUGCCCACGACAAAGUAUGCGCUGCCGACGUACUACAUCAUUGCAUGUGCGGAAGCAUCGUCCAACUUGUCGCGAUACGACGGUGUUCGCUACGGCUUCCGCGCUGAGUUGAAUCGCGACGCUGCAACGGACACGACCGACAACCAAGCGAACGCCCUUCAUGACUCGUACUGUCGCACGCGCUCCGAGGGGUUUGGCGACGAAGUGCAGCGCCGUAUUCUGUCGGGAACGUUUGUGCUGUCGGCCGGCGCGUUUGCCGACUAUUACGAACGAGCGGUCCUCGUGCGCCAGAGCAUUCGCGAAGACUUUGCGGCUUCCUUCGACUCGGGUGUACGUCUGUUGUUUCGUCGCAUGCCCAUCGCCCAGCGUUGGCGUCGUGACGCUCAAGGAAUGGCCAUGAUUCAUGCAUAUGAAGCGUAGAUUGAUGUGAUGCUGACCCCUACGACGCCGUCGGGGCCGUUCUUCGUCCACGGCAAAGCCGAUCCCAUUGAUAUGUUCAUGAACGACAUCAUGACAAUCCCCGCGAGCUUGGCGGGGCUGCCAUCUGUGUCAGUGCCGACCGCCGUCCUGGACGAACAGGUGCCGCUGGGUCUCCAACUCAUUGGCGCUCCCCAGCAAGAGCGCACGAUGCUGGAUGUGGCGCAACUUUUGGAAGACAAAGCUGACUUUUACAGGCACACGCCGUCGUACGUGUACACGACGUCGCGGUAGAUUGUCGUUUGUGAGAGGUGAAGACAUCAAAGAGAAGCAGCUUCACAUCGAACUGUCUCCAGCAUCAACAAGAUAUUUUGUUGCACUUGUCACAGC